AUGUUCGUUGAUACUCUUAUAGAAGGAAAAACCCUAGUCAAAGCGUUAAUUGAUACAUCCUCGAAAUUUAAUACCAUUGAAGGUAUGAGCAUCCCAUUAAUCGAUGAAGAUUUUAAUAAAGCCAGUACCACAAAAAAUAACUCACCUGUAUUCGAUCUAUUAUUGGAGGAACUCACGAAUAUGUUCAAGAAUUUAUCUUUCAAAAUUAGCAAGAAUAAGAAAUAUCCUAAAGUAGACUCAAAGAGUUAUUGCUCUACAAUAGAUUUAGGUGAUAGGUAUAAAAAGCUUUCAUUAAAAAUGUACCUCAAUAAUAUUUGGAA